AUGGAUCAAGACUUGAAUGAGAAUUUAAUUAAGUUGAGUUUACUGAUGAGACAAUCAAAUACCAAAAAACCUAUUUAUAAUCCCUCUAAAUAUUCAAAUUUACAUCUCAUCCUAGCAAGAUCAGUUAGCAUCAGCACUCAAUCAUCCUCCAGAAUGAUUUAAAUCAAAUCUAAUUAGAAUACUUAAAAUACUAGCAAGGCACAAUUGAUUCCAUAAGAAAAAUAUUUUGUCAGUAGAAGAAUGUCUUUGGCAAAGUAAUUAAAGACUUGUGAUUCCUAUUUAUAAAAACGCAAAAUCGAAAGUCAAUUCGUUAAAACUGACAAUCUAUGUGGUUUAAAAAAAGUAUUCGAAAUCGGAAAGACGCUUCUUUGA